CAUGAGCCACAAUCAAAUGAUCGAGAGUAUCGACAAGAUUAUCAGCAAGAUUAUCUCACCCGUAAUUAUCAUCAUCAUCAUCAUCAUCAGGAGCAUCAGCAGCUCCAGCAGUACCACGACUAUGACUACGAUUACGACGUUGACUACAACUACGAGCAGCAUCAUGAUCCUGAUCAUGAGUAUCAGCGACAUCAAUACCACCCUCAUCAGCAUCAUUACCACCAAUUUAAUCAGCAUCAUCAAAGCUACAUUGAAGAACUUGGAUGCAAAUUAGCGUCAUAUCAAUCCGUUUAUCCUUUAAAUUACGGCGCUACUAUUAAUCCGACGGGAAAUAAUUACAAUAAUCAUCAUCCGCGUGAUAAUAUAUUUAUGAUUAAAUACAACGUUCAGGAUAAUGAGAUUGAAAAUGACAAUAAUUAUAAUCAGUACAGAAUAUCGCCGCCAUUGCAGUUUCGUUAUGAUAAAAGUAAUGACUGUACGUACACUUUUAAUAUCAAGGAAUUAGCAACUAAGUAUCAUGAUAGAAAUAUUAAUUCAACGAUCAAUGACAUCCAUGAUAAUGAUAAUGAUAAUGAUAACGAUCAUGACAAUGAUAAUGAUGAUAAUGAUUGCUUUAAUGAUUAUGAUGACGUUGAAGAUAACCCGCGUAAAAAAUUGUUUAAACAAAUGUUCUGCCUUCCGUUGAAUUAAUUUAUUAAUUUAUUAAUUAUUAAUUAUUAUUAUAGAGAAUUAUAAAAAAAACUUUUUAUAGUCGAUACCGUGUUUUGUAAUGCCAGCAAGUCGUAAGUCGUACGACAAAACUUUUAAUAAAUUUUUAGUUUAUUUAUUUAAUUAAUUACUUAAAUUAAUACUCAAUUUUUUUUAAUUAUUUAAAACGAAAAUUAAGAUUUCAUGUUUAGCUUAAGGAAUUUUUUUAAAUUAAUGACCUUGUAAAAUUAAUUGACCAGUUGAUUUAAUUAAAAAUUACGGACUUGGUCUAUUAAUUAGUAUUCAAAAAUAUCAAUAAACUUCGAUUAAUUUAUAAAUUUUUAAUUAAUUUUUUUUUAUUAAUUCCCAGUAAAAAAAAUUGUAAAUUAGGUCAUAUUAUAAAAAUCAGUUAAAUGUCAAAUUAAUCUAAAGGUCAUAAAUUCUCGGAUGUCUAUUAAUUAUAAAAUAUAUAAUAAUUAAUGUUUCUAAAUAUUAAAAUAUAAAAUAGUGUAUUUUUAGAGCACAUAUU